AUUUGUACGGUUGCGUAAAGUAAGAUUAAACCUAAACAACAAUGGAUCCAUUUAAGAAAAAUCAUAAAAUAAAAUUAAAAAUCAAUUAAAAAUCCAUAUAUUUGAAAUGGGUAAAAAUGGAAAAGGAGGAAAGGGUCGGUAUGAAAAAAACGAUAAAAAAAUAUCAAUACAGAAUUCCAGAAAGCUAAAAAACUUGAGUGAUGAACAGGAAAUUUCGUUGCCAAAUCAAGAACUAAACGAGGGAGCUCAUUCAAACUUCCCACUAACACUUGCUAUGUGGGAUUUAGGACACUGUGAUCCAAAAAGAUGCACUGGUAGGAAGCUUCAGCGCCUUGAACUUCUUAAACUUCUAAGGUUAAAUCACAGAUUUAAUGGAAUUGUUCUAAGUCCUAUAGGACAAAAAUAUGUGUCGAAAGCAGACUACGCAAUUGUUCUUAAUCAUGGAGUUGCUGUCAUUGAUUGCUCUUGGGCAAAGUUAGACUCUACUCCCUUUGAUAAAAUGAAAUGCAAUAAUCCAAGGUUGUUGCCACAUUUGUUAGCAGCCAACCCAGUAAAUUAUGGAAAACCAUUUAAAUUAUCAUGUGUAGAAGCAUUUGCUGCAACAUUAUUUAUAAUUGGUUUUAGAGAUUUUGGCGAAAAUUUACUGGAGAGGUUUAAAUGGGGUCCAAACUUCUUUCAUUUAAAUAGAGAAUUAUUGGAAAUGUAUAGUGCAUGUGGUACUGAUGAAGAAGUGCGUAUCUGUGAGAAGAAUUGGCUUGAAAAAUGUGAAGCUGAAUAUCAAUCAAUAAAAAAUACAGAUAUGGAAUAUAUUGACAUGAGCCUUACUGAAGGUUUUAACCCUAACAGAGCUUCAAAUCUGUUACCUGGGAAAAAAUAUCUUGAUUCUUCUGACGAUGAUAGUGACAAGUCACCGAAUGACAUUUCAAAUGAAUCCGAAAGCGAUGAGGAUGAAUCUUCCAAAAACGAUGAGGAUGAAUCUUCCGAAAACGAUGAGGAUGACUCCUCCGAAAACGGCGAAGAACUUGAUAGAUUUGGAAAUACUAUGCCCAAAACUAAGCAAGUUUUAAAAACUGUAUUAAAACACGAUUAAACUUAGACAUUUUAAAAACUGUAUUAAAGUGAACAAUAAGCCUGGUUUUCAAAAUA